CGUGGGGAUGGGAUGCGUCAUAUCACUAGUUUCAGAUAUCACACCACUUUCAUUGUAGUAUUCUCAGCACCAGUAAUAGUUAUCCGGUAGCCGGCAGUCAUUAUCACGGUACAUAAUCUGAAUUGGACCCGGGUGGGUUCUACAGUUCAUCAGAAGCGACAGGCGGUAGAACAGUGCUUUCCAUUCAUACUUGUAGUGCAAUGUGACAGAUUCACAAAUGGCUACCUUUCUAGUGAUUGUAGUGAUUGUGGGUGUCACAUUUUAUGCAUCGGCAGCGGCGCAAGGUCCAAUCGAAUCGAAUAGUUUACCAAACCUGGGUGACAGUUUUCCAGGGUCGAUUUUCGACAAUUUUUCGCAGUUGAUUGACGGUGCUUCCGGCAAUCUAUCGCAAUGUGAACUACAGCUGCUUACUUUGCAGCAGAGCAUCGCGCAGCCGAAAUUCUGGGCAUUGCAGAUGCUGGACGCGUGGGCAAAACUACCCGCUGGUAUUUUCCAAGGCAACACAAUUGACCUGGGCAACUACGAUGAGUGCCACAAAGUGGACCACGAAACGGGCAACGAAACUGUCGGACGAAUCCAAGGCCGUUACUGCCAGAUGACGAUCCCUCUGAAUUUGAGCUCUCUUCAAGCACGGCAGUUUCCUUCGGAUAAUGGCAAUAAUGGCCUAACACUUCAAUUGGGAACCUGUUUUCCCGCCACCUGCGAGGCUAGUCAACUGAAUUCAAUAUUUAACAGCUCUAUUGCGGGGGUGGUCACCUUGCCAAAGAUAACGUUUACAUGUGAAACACCACUACCAGGUUUGGGUGCAAAAGAAGUGACUGCAAUCGUCAUUUUCAGCAUAGUGGUUGUCCUACUGCUGUUCAGCACCAUGUACGAAGUGAUAAUGUUGCUCAGCUCUCGUCAACCGAAUCCAAACUUAGUCAUGUUCUCAAUCUACACCAACGGAGUCAAGCUGUUGAGAAUUAGUGAAAGACCGCCCCAAAACCAGCCCAAAUCGAAUCAAAUUGAUUGUCUGAAUGGGAUCCGGGUGAUCUCGAUGGUUUGGAUAGUGUUCUGUCACAACUAUAUGAUGCUGUUUUUUGCUCCCUUGGUCAAUAAAGUAGCAAUUUUUGAUUGGAUCAAAUCGUACCACAGCAUGCUUGUGGUGGGAGGAACGGUUUCGGUGGAUUCGUUUUUCCUUCUCAGUGGACUGCUCGUCUGCUGGAGUCUCCUCAAAGAGCUGGACAAAAACAGGAGGCUCAAUCUUCCGGUGAUGUAUUUGCAUCGAUAUCUGCGGUUAACUCCAGCGUUGGCAGCUCUAAUGCUGCUCUCUACUACGUUGCUGAAAUAUGGUGGUUCAGGUCCCAUGUGGAAAAAUAUGGUCGUGCUUAUGGAAGAUUCUUGCGAGAAGUAUUGGUGGUCUGCUCUACUCUACCUGCAGAAUUACGUUAACCCAACAGAGAUUUGCCUAGGGCACUCGUGGUAUCUAUCCGUUGAUAUGCAACUCUUCAUUUUAUCACCGCUAGUUAUCUAUCCACUAUGGAGGUGGGGUCGUAAAAUUCUCUACGUCAUUGCAGUGCUCAUACUGCUGUCCAUGGGAUGCGUUAUAGCUGCAUUCCUAAUAAAUAAUUUACGAUUGGCAUUUGUAGAUAGUGGUAAGCAUCCAAAGGACAAAAAUCGUCAAGUACUUGUAUAUUAUCCCACUCAUAUAAGAAUGGGAGCGUGGCUGAUAGGAGUGAUGCUAGGCUACAUAAUGCACUUAACCAAACAUCGAAUAGUACGACUGUCCAAGGUCGUCUGCAUUUCUGGAUGGUUAAUAUCUCUGUCCAUAAUGCUGGCCAUUCUCCUGGGGGACUACCCCUUGCAGCAGCCAGACACAUACGCAGAUCAUCCGGUAGUCGUUGACGCCAUCUACGAAGCCACCAAUCGAAUUGUGUGGGCAGGUUGUCUAGCAUGGAUUGUGUUUGCCUGUGUCAACGGAUACGGAGGUCCAAUCAACACGUUCCUCAGUUUGCCAAUAUGGCAACCCCUGGGCAAGCUGUCCUACAGUAUCUACCUACUGCACGUACCGAUCCAGACGAUGCUUUUGGGUUCGCUAAGAAGUACAGGGUAUUUUUCCGAUAUCGUUGCAGCACACAAUUUUUGGGGUGACUUCGGGCUCACGGUAACGAUCUCGAUACUGUGGUGCCUGGCUUUUGAGUCACCCAUGGUUGGACUGGAGAAGCUUCUUUUUGGGAGAUUUCUCAAACCAAAACCAAACACUGUGGCAUUAGUUGAAGAACAAAAGACUGAACACCAACAAAAUGGGUCAACGGAAAACAUUAUCACCAGGGAUCCCGUUUGAAAGCUGCUUAGCAAUAAACUAAGAUUAAAAGAAAACAUGUGUUUUUAGUUUAAA